ACUUGGAGCUUCGAAUGGCAGUUUACGACUCGGACGUCAAGGACCAUAAGCAGCAUGCUACUGCAUACAUCUGACGAACAUCAACGUCGUGAUACUUUUCGUUCCUAUGUGGCGGCAUACGACAGUCAGAUAACGGAAAAGGAUAUUAACGAAGCGCCGAAUUUCACUCUUUUGAACGGGGAAAUAGUGUCAUCACAGUGCGAUGAUGUGUUGCUCUAUCCACCCUUUCAGGAUAAUUACUUUGGGAAGCUUUAUUGUACCAACUUUCGCAUAUGUUUUGUGCCACUCACUCAAAAGCAACCGGAUCCAUGCUGUAGUCGGAGCCUCAUAUUUACCGAUGAACAUCAGGUACCACUGUGCUCCAUUGCUUCCAUAUAUUAUUCCCCAUCACCCAUCGUUGGUCGUUCGAGUGCUUCCCUGAAGAAGUAUCGAUUGAUGGCAGCUCCAGCCUCACAGCUUGAUAUUAUUUCGUCCAUCAAAAUAUACACCAAAGACUUUCGGGUGUGGACCUUCGAUCUGCAGCGAAGCCAGUUUGCCGUAAAUCUUGCAAAUAAUGUUUAUCAUUUCUCUCGCCCUUCUUCGCUUUCCAAUUUGUUACAACUUUCUUGCGAAGGAUUUCGAAAAGCACCUCAGUCAGCACACAACGCACUACUAUACAAUAGUGGGAAUGACUGGCAAAAGGAGUUACUACGAUGUGGGGGCAAUGAAACACGAUGGCGUAUAUGUUUUUUGAAAUCGGAAAUAUCCCAACAAAAGGCAGUCGUACCCAGUUAUCCAUUUUGUGUUGUUGUCCCGAGUGAUCUCUUUGAUGUUACGGUGUAUGAAAACCUUAUACCAAACUGGUAUAAUGGUAGAUUCCCGGUCUGGUGCUGGUCAGCUUCCAAUGGUAGUGCAUUGCUUCGUUCGUCUGCUUGUAAUAAAGAUCUUAAUGCUCAAGAAUUAUGGAGAAAAGUAUUGUGGCCCAUCUGUCAGGCUCAUCCUCAUCAUCGACCACCUCAAAUAAUUGAUUGUGAUAUAUCCACUGUGCGUAUAUCAUCUUCAUUCGAGAAACUCCGCGAUCUUUGUUCUUUAGACUCAGUGGAACGUUUUACUGAAAAAGAAAAGGAGUGGUAUACGCUGGUUGAUGAUACAGGAUGGUGUGCUUUAGUAUUUCAAUGUCUUCAACUGUCGAGUAAGGUUAUUCACAGACUCAUAGAUAAUCAGCGGUCCGUUGUCGUGACAGAUCGAGAUGGAUUCAACGCAUCGGCAGUAGUAUCAUCAUUGGUUCAAGUGUGUACGGAUCGUUUUUAUAGAACAAUAACUGGUUUCAGCGCUCUCAUAGAGAAGGAAUGGAUCGCACUUGGACAUCCCUUCGGACGCAACAUGUUUGGCUGUACUCUUUUGGCCAGUAUACCGCAUUCGCGACCGAAAGCUUGUACAGCAACUUUCCUCUUAUUCCUGGACUGCGUGGCACAACUUAUACGCCUUCAUCCACUCUCGUUUGAAUACUCGCAUUAUUUAUUAAUCGCGCUCUGGGAUCUAUCCAUAACUGGUCUCGCAUCCGGUUUGACUUGCAAUUCAGUGAAUGAUAGAUUAGCGCUUUGUAAAACAGCUCCAACUUUUCCCCUGUCGCAAUAUUAUACACCGAAAUACUGCCUAAUGUUCACCAAUGUUCUUUAUUCGGCGAACCUUUUGCUUGGUUUCGAGUCAGCGCCAGCUAAUGUGAUACGACCUUCUUCUUCCCCUGUUGAUGUUCAGUUUUGGGACGAAUGUUAUCUUCGAUGGGUGCAGCCAGCAAGUAUCGCUGAUGGUGGUAUUAUCACCAGAGAUUUAGCGCUGAGCUCAAUACUCUCAUCAGUUGCAUCUGUGGCUUACCCAGAAUGUAAUUCAGUUGUAUGGCGACAGCAUCUUCAUCCUGCACUUGACGCAUCGACAAUCAGUUCGUCUUAUCCAUAUUCAGAUGCUUUACCCAAAAAUACUCCUGCUUUGAGUGAAGUGAGUAUUGUAUCUGAUACUGCAUCGGCAAAAUCAUUACGAAUGCAACUAGAAAGGACCAGUACUACCCUCAGUCCGAAAGUUGGGAAGGAAAGACGGUUUUCGACAGCUUCGCUGAUGACACGUGUGGAACGUUUAGUAGAAGUCGGUAUGCUGCGCUCUUCGUCACCUCGUCCCCGACAUCAUUCUCCACCGGGAACCCUCGUAUGA